AUGGCCUGCUUGGCUGGGGGCGAUGAGAGGACCCCAGGCAGGGGAAAUCCACCCUAGGGAGGCAGUCGCAGAUUUAUUGUUCAACCUCCUCCCUCCCCUCUGCAACUGUUGCUGGCAGUGCCUGGUGUGAGGCAGAGACCGCUGCGCAUACUGGGCUGCGUUCGGUUUCCACCUUCCUCCUUCAGUCGUCACCCAGGCAUUCUCAGGAGCAAGGUCACAGGCAAGCAAGCAGAAGUGACUCUUGAGGAUGACCUCCUGGCUUUCGAAAUAGGGUUCCUCCUUGGAGCCAGUCUGGGCCCCUUUUCGCUUGGUUGGGUGACCAUAUUUUGGAAAGCAAAAAGGAGGACAACAUAGUCGGCCCCCAAGGGGACGUGCCCACCAACAUGUCCGUCCCCAGGGCGCAUGUCCAGCAAAGCAACGACAAGCCAUGUUCCAACAUCUGCAGCAACAGGACAUCUGCAAAGGUUGUGAUUCAAGCAGUUUUCGUGGCCAUUGUGAUUGCAGGACUCGGCUUCUUCAUUUACACUUUUCACAGUACCAACACCAAGAGUAAUACUGUUAAACAUUCCACGAAGCAAGUAGAAACAGAUCAAAAGGUGAUUUCUGGUGAUGGCAAUGCAUGCCGUACUUGGAUAGGAUGGGAAGAAAAGGAGGAAGAAGUAAAAAGCAUCCUUACGAAACUGGACCAGCUGAUGCCCAAUGUCACCUUCACCCAUACGCAAGGCGCCACAAGUGCCAAGAACAGCAAAGCCACCAUAUUAAACCACAAAGACUCUUAUUGUGUUGGAGACCACUUGAUGGUUCGGCUGGAUUUGUACGACGGCCUGGGAAAGAGGAAGGAAUACGGAGGGGAUUUCUUACGAGCAAGGAUCUAUUCAUUGAGUCAGAGUGCUGCAGCUUCUGGACUUAUCAAAAACUAUAGGAAUGGGACGUACCUGGUCAAUUUCACUCUAUUUUGGGAGGGUGAUGCCAGAGUUUCUCUCUUGCUGAUCCACCCCAGUGAAGGGGCUUCUGCACUGUGGACAGCGAGGAAGAAGGGCUACGACAAAAUAGCUUUCAAGGGCAGAUUUUUGAAUGGAACAUCAGAAGUCUUGACUGAAUGUGGUUUUAACAGGGGCCCAACAGCUGAACUCUGUGCAUAUCUAGAUGACCGAGACCAGGAGGCCUUCUACUGUGUGAAACCGAAGAAUGUGCCAUGUGAAGCUUUCCUCUCCCUGAAGUCCUACAACACACCCAUCUCAUAUCUCACAGACUUGGAACAGAGCCUUUUACAGAGGUCCAGUAUUGGCAUUGAGAUUCCUCAGAAGUUUGCAAACAUUCAGAUCAAAUCCUGCAAAAGCAACAAGAGAACAACGAGCACAAAAUGUUGGGUUGGGAUGAGUUCCCCAUUCCCCAGCGGCUUCGUGUGGCAGAACCAAUGGCACCCUGUUUUCUGCAACAGGCCCAAUUUCAAUAGCUUGGAACAGAUUUACACUUGCCUGAAUGGAAAGCUGAUUUACUUCAUGGGAGACUCAACUGUGCGGCAAUGGAUGGAGAAUCUUCAAAGAAGAGUGAAGAAGCUUCAAUAUCUUGAUACCCAUUCAUUUGGAAAACCCCAGGAACUUAUUGCUGUAGAUGUUGCUGGAAACAUUCAAAUCCAAUGGAAAAAACACAGCCACCCUUACAUUAGCUCCUUGGAAUACUCAGUGAAAGGUCACAGCUAUAUUGCUCGGGAUAUUGACACAGUGGCAGGUGACAAAGACACGGCUGUAGUCAUUUCUCUGGGACAGCACUUCCGUCCCUUCCCCAUCGAGUUCUUCAUCCGAAGGGCAAUUAACGUCCGAAAAGCCAUCCAGCGCCUUCUCCUAAGGAGUCCAGACACACGAGUCAUCAUCAAAGGAGAGAACAUCCGGGAGAUGGACAUAGACCAGGAGCGAUUCAGUGACUUCCAUGGCUACGCCCAAUACCUGGCAUUAAAGGACGUUUUUCGGGACCUGAACGUGACUUUUAUUGAUGCAUGGGACAUGACAACUGCAUACAACACAAACAACGUUCACCCACAAGAUAAUGUGGUUUCGAAUCAGAUUAAUAUGUUUUUAAGUUAUAUAUGUUAAGACUCUACUGCAAAUCUGGUGUGGAACUUGUAAUCAAACAAAGCUGAGAAUUUUGCAUCAGCAAAGUCAGUUGAAAAUAUGGGAUGCUUUAUCGAAUAUUGGAUUUAGAUGCUUCAUCCCACUAGUUUUCCAUAAAAAAUGUCUCAAAAGCCCUGCUAGAACUUAUUAGGAAAGGAAAGGAAAGGAAAGGAAAGGAACCUCUCGUGCAAGCACUGAGUCAUUAUUAUUAUUAUUUAUUUAUAUAGCACCAUCAAUGUACAUGGUGCUGUACAGAGUAAAACAGUAAAUAGCAAGACCCUGCCUCAUAGGCUUACAUUCUAAUAAAAUUAUAAUAAAACAAUAAGGAGGGGAAGAGAAUGCAAACAGGCACAGGGUAGGGUAAACAGGCACUGGGCAGGGUAAACUGCUGCCCCUCAUGCCUGGAACGCUCUUCCAGAACACUUGAGAACUACCAACUCAAUCACAGCUUUUAAAACUCAUUGAGUUGUUCUGACUCUAUACUGUUAGCUUCACCCUACCCGGUGCCUGUUUACACUGUUUACACUGUGUGACAACCUUUUAAGUAUUUGAAGAGUGCUAUCAUGUCUCCCCUCAAUCUUCUCUUCUCCAGGCUAAACAUGCCCAGUUAUUUCAGCCUCUCUUCAUAGGGCUUUGUUUCUAGACCUCUGAUCAUCCUGGUUGCCCUCUUCUGAACACGCUCCAGCUUGUCUGCGUCUUUCUUGAAUUGUGGAGCCCAGAACUGGAUAAAAGGGGAGGGGACAUUUCUCUCUACCUACUUUCUUCACCAACUGUAUAAUUUUAUACUCCUGUUUCCUAAAAUCAUAAUUGGUAUAGUAAGAUAUAUUCCAUUAAUGGUACGAUCAUGCCUGAUCUAAUGGUUAAAUAAUACAUGUGACUUGCGUCCACACAAAAGUUUUCCUUCUCAUGGCAACCAUUUAUGCCUCAUGGGAUGCCACGCCAGUCUGUACUUGAGGAGGCUUUGGGGGACUAUUCUGAAGAAUAAAACGACUUCUUUUACUUUUUA